CCUAUUUUCUUGUGUACUCAAAAACACAAAACCCCCAUUCUCACACAAGUCAGUAGUCAGUACCACUGACUUUUCUCCCUCUUCCUUCCUCAACUCUCUGUCUCUCCCACACCACUCUCCACUCUCACCACCCAUCACAUUUCAAACACUAGCAGAGAGAAAAACACAAAAACACAAAGAGAAAAACAGAGAAACACAAAGAGAAACAGAGAAACACAAAGGAAAAAACAGAAACAGAGAGAAAAACAGAUAAACAAAAGAGAUGGGAUCUGAAGUAGAAACAACUGAUACAAACACAAAUUCAACAACAACAACAAAAACAACAACAACAACAACAAUUCCAACACUUCCAUUAUUCUCUCUACUCCCUUUAAAAUCACACCAACAUUAUUCAUCAAAUCUGAAUUCACCACUCCACACUUCAGCAUCAGUACCCUUUAGUUGGGAAGAACAACCUGGAAAACCUUUACCUUGUCUUACACUUGCUCUUCCUUCUAACAACAACAAAUCUUUAGAGUUACCUCCUAGGUUACUCAACGAGACUAAAUUUACUAAAACACCCUCCCCAACUACUGUUCUAGAAGGUCCUUACAUAUUUUCUUCUUCUAAUGUAGGAAAGUCUUCUUCUUUUAGGUUCCUUAGAAAAAGACAAGGUUCCUUUGAUGGUUCCCUUAAUUUGGAGGACACUAGUCCUGAAAAAGGCUUACUUGGGACUAUUGUUCUUAGUCGUAGUAGCAGUAGUAGAAGAGAUAAUCAUAAUAAUCAUAAUAAGGGCUUGUUUGGUUCUUGGAGAAAAAGAGGUGGACAAAAUUUGAAGAGUAAAACUGAGGGUAGUUUUGUCUUUCCAAGUUUCUUGUCUGAUGAUGGUACUAGUACUACUACUACUAGUAGUAGCUGUGAUGUUGGUGGAGCUACUGUGAAGGUUACAAAGAUGAGUAAGAAGCCCAACUUCUUGGGGUUGUCAUCAAACAAGUCUAACUUCUGGGAAGCCAUAUAUGGGGCCUUCAAGCAAGUGAUACCAAGCCCCAGGAGAAGUACGAAGUGGAAGAAAGAUGCCUGGUAAUGCCAUUACUAUCUCUUUGGCAGCAACAAGUCUCCAUCAUAUUCCACCAACCCAAGUACUAGUGACAAACAAAACCUCUGCUGCAUUUUACUCCUCUAAUUAAAAGCUCUCUCUUCCCCAUUUACUCUCUCUUUGAUGAAAACGACGCGAAAUAGUCGAAUUUUCAAAGCUGUAAACAUGAAAGUUUAACCUUUCUGCAAUGUCUGUGUCUUUGUGAUAGUAUUAGAGAACAGCUAAGUUACUGGGGUAUGUAUGUUGUUACUUUAUAUGCUUAUAUAUCUUUUCCAACAUGUAUAAAGUUUUAUGGAUUCUUCUAAGUUAGCACUUAGCACUACUAUCUUAAAUAGUUAAAUUUUCACAGGUGA